AUUAUUUAGAGACAGUUGCUGAGCUGAAUGCGGAUUAGCUCCGCCACAACUCAUCGGAGCACCAGCCCUGGAAAUUGUGUUUCUUUCUAGAAGGCUUAAUGAUGGAGAGGAUAAGAAAAGAGAUGAUUCUGAUGGAGAGAGGUCUGCACAGUCCCGUGCCUGGGAAAAGGCUCUCGAACCUGUCAGACUCCGCUGGAAAUUCAGUGUUAGAGGCCCUCGAAAAUUCUCAGCACAGUGGCCGCCUAAGCCCGAGAAUAAGUUCCGCCUCGCUUCAUGGAAGUCUCGGGGAUAUUCCAACCAAAGGCAAGUUCGAAAUCGACAGUAUUUUCGGUGCCCACCACAACAGCGAGAAUACUUCUUCCGCGGAGAUUUCAUCCUCAGAAAGCAGAAAGAAAAUUCACUUAUACCCAGAAGUUUCUCAAGACUCAGAUAUGAACAGUGAUGUGGAGGUGGGAUGCCCAUCGCAUCGCUCUCCCAGUCAACACAAGGAAAACAAUAACAAAGGGUUUUCUGACAAUAAUUCUGGAGGCUCCAACACAAGUUCAUCCUCCCUUUCCAAUCAUAACGGCAAUGGAAUGAGCUCAAACAUGUCAAAUGCCGAGACUAGACGGUACCGGACUGCAUUCACCAGAGAACAAAUAGGAAGACUGGAGAAAGAGUUUUACAGGGAAAAUUAUGUCUCAAGACCCAGAAGAUGUGAACUGGCCGCAUCACUGAAUCUACCUGAAACUACAAUAAAGGUAUGGUUCCAGAACAGGCGGAUGAAGGAUAAGAGGCAACGUUUGGCGAUGUCUUGGCCCCAUCCAGCAGAUCCAAGCUUUUACACCUACAUGAUGACGCACGCGGCAGCCACCGGAAGUCUACCAUACCCUUUCCAUUCCCACAUGCCUCUGCACUAUUACCCGCACGUUGGUGUCACAGCAGCUGCCGCUGCCGCAGCUGCGUCUGGUGCUGCAUCGUCACCUUUCGCUACCUCCAUUCGCCCUCUCGAUACUUUCCGUGCACUCUCCCAUCCUUACUCACGCCCAGAGCUUCUCUGUGGCUUCAGGCACCCAGGACUUUAUCAGUCACCCGCAGGCCUCAAUAGCUCUGCGGCAGCAUCAGCAGCAGCGGCAGCAGCAGCAUGUGCAGCCGCGGUCAGCGCGCCAUCAGCCACUGGCCCAUGCUCGUGCCUCAGUUGUCACAGCAGCCAAGCGGCCAGUGCGCUAGGCUCCAGAAGUACCAACUCUGACUUCACCUGCACAGCAUCUGGGCAAAGAUCCGAGAGUGGAUUUUUGCCGUAUUCUGCAGCUGUCCUGAGCAAAACCUCGGUUCCAUCACCAGAUCAGAGAGAGGAAUCUUCACUAAACAGAUAACUCAUCACUGGAACUUCAAAAACAAGUUCAGUUGCUCAUGUGUUCAUGCUCUGUGGUUAGUUUAUACAUCCAUCUAUGACUCCAAUAUUUGGGGGACAAAUAACGGUAAUUCCAAAACAAUUAGGCUAACUUAAUUAGCAAACACUUAAAUAUUUGCUUUUACAAUAAACAAAGAUUUUCUAGGCACUAGGCUAUUCGGAAAAAAUACAAAAAUGUUGCAUUCAACAGAAAUAUCAUGUUAGACGUUUUAAACUGCCAAAAAGUGUAAACAUUGGUAAGUGCUAAAUUUACAAUAAUUGAAAGGACUAUUUUGUUAGUGCAGUGGUGAUGAAGCUUUAUUUUUCUUCAUUCACACCUGGAUUCAUGUGCCUUAAAACCUAGAAAUAACUAUCUAAUUCAGUGAUAGGCCCACGGUACUUGGUUAUUAAUUCGGCCCACGGUACUUGGCUAUUAAUUCGGCUUAUCACAUCGACUGUGAUUGACUAACUAAUGUUUAUUGUUCGUCACUAAUUAAAACAAUAGUUAUUUUCAUUUUGGUUAUUUUCAUUUAGGCUAAUGAUAAUUUCAAAUGAAUGUCAAUGAACACAAACGUAUCUAAAUCAAGCCACAUCCUAAAUUCGUUAUUUAUCAAUUUAUGUCAAUAUAUUUUCCCCAAGUAGGCGAUCCAAAUUCUAAUAAUAGCCUAUACAUUUUUCAAAAUACCCAGUUAUAUCUUGGUAUUAAGGCACUGUAAAAAUAACCAUUGUUUCUUGUCGUCUGCAUUUAUCAAAUAGAUGCUGGGCAUUGCUUUUCUCUGUUAAUAAAUAUUUUUCCGUGUAGUCUCGUUCUUAAUGUAGGUUAUGGUGAGAAUCAUAUUUACAAUAUGUGCCACAACAACUGAUACUACUGUAUAAUGACCUUAUUGUAAAACCGGUACAACUCAAGGGACAUUCCUAAUCUUCAAGUAAGGUGCAUAGAAUUUUUGCACCUCUUCUAUGCUGUCAAUUCUGAUGUUAAUAAUGAGAGGAUUAUGACGAAAAUUGCCAAUCAUGUACCUUGAUGGACCUCCAUUGAAUGCAGAAUUGUAAGAAAGUUCCUCGUUCUGAGACCCGCUGUCAAGUGCUAACAACCCGCUGAGGGAAGUCAUUAGACAAGACAGAUAAAAGACCUGGAACAUAGAACGUUGUUCUUGGUGCAUAUAUUGUACAGUUUUAAAUGUGAUAUUCGUUACCUGAGACGGGUUUUUUAUUUAUAUUACUCCUUAGAGCCCCAUUUCCAAUCUUCGUUUCUGUUCUGAACUUGGACGAACGCCCUUUCCACUUUUCCUGUUGUAUUUCCGUUCUUACAUUGCUGAUGUUACGCUGAUGCGAGCAACCUCAUUAAAUCAAAACCGGUAUUUCCAUACACUGUACUCCCAAUAGGGCCCCUUCACUCAGCAUACACAGUAAUGGGAUUAUCUGAACAAGCCGAAAGAUCAGACAAAUAGCUCUCGCAUCUCUGUCUGCACUGCAUAGACUACAUGUAAACCUUUCUUCAUGCCAUUUCUGUUACCUAUUGUCUUGAGGACCACAACCUAAGAGACUUAGGCCUAAUUGUAGGGAACAUCUGUAAAUUGUAAAUUGUGAGAUAUUUUGUCAUAUCAUGCAUAGCCUCGUUAAAAUAGUUUUAAACCAAAAUAUUGACGGCUGUGGAUUGGAAAAUUACCCAUAACGUGUAAAUUGUAUUAUUAUUUUUUUUAAUAUGUUUUUUAAAAUAAUUUAUGUGACUUGUUGAAUGUUUAUUUAAUUUACAUCGUAUACACUGGAGAUUGAAUACAUGCCUAUAUAGCCAUCAUUUUAGACAAUGCUAUUAUAAGGUAAAAAUGGUUAUAUGGCAACUACAAACCAAACGAGUCUUAUGUCAUGCAAGUAUUUUAGGAGCCCAUAAAUGAAAAAGGAGAGUACAUUUUUGUACUACAUUGAAAAAAAGGGUUUCAAGGGCUGAUAAACGAUAACGGAAACCUGUUUAAAGGAUAGAACUAAUGAAAUACAAGUGUACUGCCCUAUGUCCCCAGGGUCUCUGUGAUACAUGGAUGUGUACAUUUUAUCUCUGUAUUUAAAAUAUUAGCCUACUAACUGUAUGAAUUUACAUAUUUUAACUUGAGAAAAAAUGUGCAAUAUAAAAAUGUAAAUCAU